CACCGACGCGCUGUCACGAGUCAGUCUCGUGCCCUCGGCCAGCGCUCGGGCGGGUUUAUGGCACUUUUAUGGCAGCUUGUCCGGGAGUCGCGCAGGACGGAGAGGAGAAUGUUCAGAGCUUUCGCGAGUUACUCAGUCAGAAGGAUGAGCCAGACAACCCCCCAGAGAUUAACCGGGAAGGUGGCAGUCGUUACAGCGUCCUCGGACGGUAUCGGCUUUGCCAUUGCCGAGAGAUUGGCCCAAGAGGGGGCAAAGGUUGUCGUCAGCAGCAGAAAACUCCCGAAUGUCGAGCGGGCAGUGGCUCAGCUAAAGGCGAAGAAUCUCGCGGUGCACGGCGUGAAGUGCCAUGUCGGGAGCGCAGACGACCGGAAGGCACUCUUUGCUGAGGCGGAGAAGCACUUUGGAGGCAUCGACAUUCUUGUGUCCAAUGCAGCUGCCAACCCGGAGAUGUCCACGCUUUUCGAAUGUUCAGAAGCCGCUUGGGAGAAAAUCUUCGAGAUCAACGUCAAAUGCUCCUUCCUCCUGACCAAGGAAGUCGUGCCGUAUAUGAGGAAGCGCGGCGGCGGAAGCAUUGUCUACGUGUCGUCAAUUGCCGGCUAUUCUCCAAUGCAACUCCUCUCAGCAUACUCAGUUUCCAAGACAGCGCUCUUCGGCCUCACCAAGGUAGCAGCCAUCGAUGGCGCCUUAGAGAACAUCCGAGUGAAUUGCGUGGCUCCUGGCGUGAUAGAGACCAAAUUCGCACAGCCGUUGAUUAGUGAUGCAAAUUCGAAGGAAGUUGCGGAGAAUCAGACUCUCCUCAAGAGAAUUGGACAACCGCACGAGAUUGCCGGAGUUGUGGCUUUCCUGGUUUCCGAUGAUUCCAGUUACAUCACUGGAGAGAACAUCGCAGCGGCCGGAGGAAUGCACAGUCGCCUCUAAGG